CAAAGUGCGUAAAGCCAGGCAUACUUAGCGUUAACCCAGACUCUUAAGGUGGUUUUACCAUUUCCUAAGAGUUUAUUUACUUUUCAGAAUUUUCUUUCGUAUGGAAUGAGAACGUUUUAAAACAAAAUAUAUCGGUUAAUCCGAGAUUGACUAUGGUAUUCCGAGUAGAUUAUGGCUUUCUCGGUGUGCUUUACGCACCAUAUUUGAAAGGCUUAAUCAUCGGUUAGGGGCCAUCCCUUAUUUCACUAAAGCUUAACGACCAAAAUACUGCCGCGGGUAUGUUCUCUCUUUUGAGAUUGUUGUGUUUUUACGCACUGGGACUGGGCUAUGGGAAGCUUGUAGGCGGACAGGAUGACACCCCGGGCAAGGUAGACCGGCUCCUAUGCCGAGUCAUCCCCGUCGGCGCCGACAAGUGUUUGGUCCCAGUAAGUACCGAACCUAACGUAGCGGCUCAGGAGGAAGAGUUGAGGAACACAGUCAUGCAGCUCCGUGAAACGAUUCUCCAACAGAAAGAGACGAUAGUCAACCAACUUGGGACCAUAAACGAGCUGACCGCAAAGCUCUCCCUUUGCGAGUCAGCCUCCGAGGGAGGGAAGUAUGAUAGUGGUGGAUCUUGGAGUAAAGACAAAGAUAAUCAGAACACAAUGGGAGAUUUACCCAGAGAUCCCAAUGAUACAAUCGACAACCUUGGGAAGACCAUGCAGAGUCUGAAGGACCGACUAGAGAACCUAGAGCAACAGCAGCAGAGAGCCAACACGUCGGGAGCGUUGUUCCCCAGUGAGCUGAGAGACCUCCUGCAGAGCAGGCUGGGAGACCUGGAGAAACAGCUGCUCAGUAAGGUCAACAACCUGGAGGAAGAGAAGUCUCUGCUCUACAACGAGACUGCAGAUCACAGGCAAAAGACAGAGAGCACCCUCAACUCCCUGCUGACCAGGAUUAACGAGCUGGAGAAAGGUGAUGGUGGGUUCAAGUCCCCUGAGCAGUUUAAGUUGGUCCUCCCCCUGCGUACUAACUACUUGUAUGGCCGCAUGAUCAAGAGCCUUCCUGAGAUGUACGCCUUCACACUCUGCAUGUGGCUCCGGUCCAGCGCCGGCCCUGGCAUAGGCACCCCCUUCUCCUACGGAGUGCCAGGACAGGCCAAUGAGAUUGUACUCAUCGAGUGGGGCAACAAUCCCAUAGAGCUGCUCAUCAAUGACAAGGUGGCUCAGCUGCCUCUGUCGGUGCGUGACGGUAGGUGGCACCACAUCUGUAUCACCUGGACCACCAGGGAUGGUCUGUGGGAAGCCUACCAGGAUGGUCAGAGGCUGGGGGCAGGGGACAACCUGGCCCCAUGGCACCCCAUCAAGCCUGGAGGAGCCAUCAUACUGGGGCAAGAACAGGACAUGGUGGGCGGGCGCUUUGACGCCACGCAGGCCUUUGUGGGUGAACUGAGCCAGGUUAACAUCUGGGACAAGGUCCUGAAGCCAGCCGACAUCCUCACCAUGGCCAACUGUUCCUGCUACACCCCCGGGAACGUGGUGUCCUGGCUGGACAGUGAUGUGGAGGUGUUUGGAGGAGGAGCAGCCAAACAGCCUCUAGAACUAUGCCAGGACCGGCUGUCUGAGACUGAGUCUUAGGAUGGGUGUCUCAGUCUGUCUGUGACUUGUUGAGAUUCAUGUUCUUGAUCUUGACGCAUACUGUACAUGUUACGUGUAAUGCUUGUCAUGUUUUGUUUGGCUGUCUGUGUAAGUAAAGGCUUUGAUUUACCUAAUUCGAGAUGAUUCUACUACACCGAGACACAGUUAUACACACACACGUGUUGACACACACAUACAGACUUACACACCGGCAGACACAGACUUAAUGACACCGGAUUUGACAUGUGAAGCUGGCUAAGGCUUGCGUGUGGCGUGGGCGGUGUAAGGCACAGAUUAGCUGUCCCAGGACUCACAUACAGUAGCCUAAGGUCUCCUGGUCUCCUGUUGGAGGUCAUUAAAGCCUCUCCACCUUGACCGGAGACAGCCUGAGCAGAUAUCAAAUCAAACAUGGAAGCCAGGUUUUCAUGGUACAACUGACAGAUAUGUUGUAGAUUUAUACUAUCCUAUAGCAGAGAUGAUCAGUGACUAGCUUUGAUCUUUGCAUUAGUAUUGGUAAACAUUCCAUAGUUAUGUGUGGAAAUUGGUGUUCUUGUACUUGUGGCAUGUCUGUUGUCCUAUAAUGUUAAUAAGGUUUUAUUAUCCAUUAUUACCCAUACUGUUUUCAAUAUCCCAAGUCCACCUCAAUGCAUGCAGCAGUAUAUGUUGUUGUCUCACAAAACUAUUCCAGAAUUAUGGUCUUCUUGUUUGGGACACGUUGGUUUGUUUAGGCCUACAAUGUCUGUGCAGUGCAUAGUUCAGAACAAACAAAGAGGCAUUUAUAUGGGAGCAUUGUUACUGUUAAAUGUGUCCAUUUCAUUUGUUAAGCAGAUAAGAACAAUUUGUUAUGUAUGAUAUGAACAAUACGUUCAUGUGUACGAGGGUCUCUUUACAUGAAAACAAUGUUGGGUGUGUAAUGUUGUUAUUACAUUGCUUACUUUUUAUGUGGCCUUCUUUCAAGGAUUUUGUGCCAGAUGUGCUUUACGAACCUAACCUUUGCUUUGCCAAUGAAUAUUAACAAUAAUGUGAAAAUGUAAGGACAAAUAAAACACUA